GCGCUUCUUAUGCAAGCCAGCAGAUCUCAGUAAGUCAGCACAUAUGAAGCUCAGCUUAAUUAAAAGCUAAUCUCAGUUAUUCUGUUCACUUCCAGACCUGGAGGGACUCCACUGCGAUUUCAGGCCAUGGGAGCUUAUGUUGGAUUCGCAGUUCUGUUCGGCGUGGCUUCGUUGCUGUCGGCCGUCGAAUGCAAUGUGAACUGUAAGGGGCUGGAUGGUCGUCCGGGAGAAGGAGGAUCUGGUGGACGUGAUGGAUUGCCUGGGAUGAAAGGGCAGAAGGGAGAGCCAGCUCACAGGUUGGAUGGCCCAGAAGACCCAAUCACCCUGCUAAGACUGAAAGGGGACAAAGGGGACCCGGGGCCACCAGGGCCAAUUGGUCCUAAAGGUUACCCCGGUGAAGUAGGAGCACCAGGAAAGGAUGGUCUGCCUGGUCCUCCUGGGCAAGCUGGGGGAAACGUUGACUCCGGUCAGCAGUCGUCCAGUCAGGACAAACAUUCUGCUUUUUCUGUGAUCAGGACUGAUAGCACAUACCCGGCUCUGACCAAGAAAAUAACUUUUCAGACUGCAGUCGUCAACAAAUACAACGACAUCGACAAAGACACCGGAAUCUUCACCUGCAGAGUUGCUGGUUUUUAUUAUUUUACCUUCCACGCUGUUUCCAAGGUGAACAUGUGCCUUGGUUUAGUCAGGGAAGGAGCAGAAGAAUCUCAAGUUUUCUGUAAUUACAACACCAAGAACUCUGAUCAAGUGCUGUCUGGAGGAGUCGUCUUGGAGCUGACAGCUGGACAGAAAGUCUGGCUCGUGUCCCACAGAGACCAGCAGACAGAGUCUGACACAAGGGACACCAGAGAAAAACAGAUCAUCUUCAACGGCUUCCUAAUCUUUGCAAACUAAGAGUGAAAUUAGCUGAGCUCUCACUCUGCAGAGUUUUCCCGUCUCUGAUAUCACUUCACGUGUUUUAGAGGCAACAGCUGCUUCACAGUAUAUUUGGUUAAAGUUAACCAAAGUUCCUCUGAUGUUUCCUCUGGGUCAUUUUUAUUAAAAUGUUUCCUCUAAA